UUUUCCUUUUACGGUAACUUUCGCGUGUCAUUAUUUAUGAAGAAGAUAUAAGGCUUAUGGACGGAAAAUAAACCGGACACUUUCGCUGCUGCAUGUAAUCCUGCAAAAGCAGAAGUCUGGAUGAAAAGCCAGUUUAACGAAAUGGGUCGCUUCGCAGUGCUGUUGUGGAUCUCACACUACGCAGGGCUUUGGGUUCAGGGGCACGCGAGCGGGAACGUAGAGGUGGACAACCGUGUACCUGAUAACGCUCUUUUUACAGAAGUUCCUCAUGACGUCACCAGUCAGACUGGUCAGGAUGUGGAGAUGGCAUGCUCCUUCAGGGGUGCAGGCUCUUCUUCCGUCUCACUGGAGAUCCAGUGGUGGUAUCUGCGGUACCAUAGGGAAUGGUCUGAGAAACCUGCCUGGACAACCAAUCAGGUUGUUCCCAUUGAGGAGUUGACAAGAGAUGCUACUAAAAUAAGUGUGGUGAAAGUUGCCGGCAGCAACAUCUCUCACCGGCUUCGCUUGUCAAAUGUUAAACCUUCAGAUGAAGGUUUGUAUGAAUGUAGAGUGAUCGACUUCAGUAACGAUCGCAUACAGCACCACAGAGUGCAAGCAUACCUGCAGGUACGGCCACCAGGCUCUGACUCGCAGCUCCACCAGGAAGAACACGUGCACAAUGAAGACAAGAAUCUUCACCAUUUGAAACAUCAUUUUCACAAGGGAGACAGUCAGGUCAGAGUUAGAGAUAAGCACAAUAACAAAGGCCAAGAGCUGCAUCAUGGAGACUAUACAUUUCAUCAGAUGGAUCAUCACAAGAGUCAUCAUGGGCUUCAGGCAAAUGAAGGAGGGAAGAAGGACUCUUCUUCUCCACGUCAUGGCGAUCAUAACCGAAGGGAGCAUCACCAUCUCCAUGAGGGGAGAAACUAUCAGGUGAUUAAACACACACAGGAAAGCAAGAAGACCGAAACAAAAAGUCACGAAUCAGAUGUGAAUGGACAUAAAGAACAUGCUAUAGAGUUACAUUCCAAUGACUGUUCAACCAAUGACUGUGUGCUUUAGAGCAGCACAGAAAGUAAUGAGCAAACAAAAAGAGAAAAAUACAGAAUGAAGACUUUUCGAAGUGUUGUGAAAAAAGACCAAGGAAGUACCAGAGGAUGGCGGGAAAGUCAGUCAAAAAUGUGCAUGUUAAAACAUUAUUAUAAGAAUGUUCAUUUAUUUCUGAGAGAAGUGUUGUGGUUUAUUUUUUGCUAAAAGCAUCAAAACAGCAGUAAGUGAUCUGCAAUUAACCAUUAAAUGUUUGCUGCAAAAACAAACAAUAAGAUGCAAUGAGAAUGAGUUACUGAAAUAAAAAUAAAUUACAUUUUGUUUCAAAAGUUAGUACUCCUGCUUUUUAUAGUCAAUUUUGAGUUCAACAGAGUGAUUUCAUUUGAUUUGAUCUAUAUAGAAAUAACACAAAAACCUGUUACCUAAAUGUGUUUAGUUGCGUUUUACCAAAUGAUAACUUUAUAUCAUGGAGCAGUUUAAUUUAAUUUUUACCAUCACACCACAGCGCUUUAAAAUAUUUUUUUCUGAUUGGUCAGACAAUGUUCAGGAACA